AUGCCAGUCCGAAAGCCUUCGAAGUAUGGCAAUUCCCGCUUAAAUGGCUCACGUCGACCUCAGAACAAAUCCUCAGCACAGACCAUAUCAGCAUCUGGUCUGCGAUCUACAGAACGAAGUUCUCAGGAUGAGAAGUUGCAGGCAGUGGCAUUGGCCAACAGCAUCGAUGAGUCCUUCGGGUUUCCAAGAUUUGAUUCGGGGAAGAGAAGAGUGGGAUACCUGUACAACAUGCACAGCACCAUAAUACCAGACUCACGCUCGCCUGGUGGACAUCGAGCUGGUGUAGAUUUCUACUUCAUCGCGGAGAAGGAAGGGGAGAACUUCAAGGCUACUGUGGAGUACGACCCAUAUUUCCUCGUGGCCUGCAAGAAAGGUCGAGAACCUGAAGUUGAAGAAUGGACAAAGCGCAUGUUCGAUGGUUCCGUCAAGACUGUCAGCAGAGUUGAGAAGGAGGAUCUUAAAAUGCCUAAUCACCUGUUGGGUUACAGACGCACUUUCCUGAAAUUGACUUUUCACAACGUUUCGUGUUUACUGGACGUGCGGAAGGUGCUCAUGCCAUUGGCUGAGUCCAACAAAGAGAAGGUUGAGGCCUUGGACACGUAUGCUGAAACUGUCGCUCCAGUUGGCAUGGGUUUCGACAUGUACGAGGAUGACGCCAUUCUGCGAAGCAACUCUAGAGGAGGAAACCCUGUCCUGGAUGCAAGCGAGUUCAUUAUCGACAUCAGAGAAUACGAUGUACCCUACCACGUCCGUGUGACCAUUGAUUUGGAUAUCCGGAUUGGGAAGUGGUAUAAUGUCGACGCAAAGCAUGGCUCAAUCUCGUUGACCUGCAUCGAAGAAAGAGUCCUACCUGCUGAUCCUGUUGUGCUGGCGUUCGAUAUCGAAACUACAAAGCUACCGCUCAAGUUUCCAGACGCUGUCAUUGACCAGAUCAUGAUGAUAUCCUACAUGAUUGAUGGUCAAGGAUUCCUGAUCACCAACAGAGAGAUUGUGUCGGAGGACAUUUCAGACUUUGACUACACGCCAAGACCGGAAUACGAAGGUCCUUUCAUGGUCUUCAAUGAGCUCAAUGAACGAGCCGUCAUCGAGCGGUUUUUCGAGCACAUCAAGGAUGCACGACCUACCGUCAUAUCCACUUAUAACGGAGACUUCUUCGACUGGCCUUUCGUCGAGGCUAGAGCCAGUGUGUUAGGCAUUGAUAUGUACCGCGAAAUUGGCUUUCGAAAGAACAGCGAGGACAUCUACGAGUGCGAUCAUUGUGUCCACCUGGAUUGCUUCGCCUGGGUGAAUCGAGACUCCUAUUUACCUCAAGGCAGUCGAGGCUUGAAGGCUGUCACUGUCGCUAAACUCGGCUAUGAUCCAGAUGAGCUUGAUCCUGAGCUGAUGCUGCCGUAUGCCAGUGAGCAUCCUCAGAUUCUGGCUGAAUACUCUGUCUCCGACGCAGUGGCCACCUACUACCUCUACAUGAAAUAUGUCCAUCCUUUCGUCUUCUCCCUUUGCAAUAUUGUACCUCUCAACCCCAAUGACACUGAAAGAAAAGGAACAGGUACCCUGUGCGAGAUGCUGCUGAUGGUGCAAGCUUAUGAGAAGAACAUUGUUCUACCUAACAAGCAUAAAGAACCGAGAGAAGCAUUUUGGGAAGGCCAUCUGUUGGAUUCAGAGACUUACGUUGGUGGUCAUGUUGAGUCCAUUGAAGCAGGAGUUUUUCGAGCUGAUAUACCAGUCAACUUUGCCAUAGAUACGACUGCCAUUGACGAACUUAUACGAGACCUUGACGAUGCCCUACGAUUCUGUAUUACUGUUGAAGAGAAGAAGAAUUUCGAUGAUGUUAUGAAUUAUGAAGAGAUACGGGACAGUAUUGUACAACAACUGGAAGACUUAAAAGCUACACCUAAUCGGAAAGAACGACCAUUGAUAUAUCACCUGGACGUUGCUUCCAUGUAUCCAAACAUUAUGACCACGAAUAGACUGCAACCUGACAGCAUGAUCAGUGAAAGCGAUUGUGCUGCUUGCGACUUCAAUAGGCCAGGCAAGACUUGCGAUAGAAGAUUGCCUUGGGCCUGGAGAGGCAAGAAGAAAGGACUUGAAAGGACUUUUGAGCAACUAAGCCUGGACGAGCAAGCUGCUGCUGUAAAGAAACGAUUGCAGGAUUAUUCGAAGAAGAUAUACCACAAAAUACACGACUCGAAGACUAUCGAGCGCGAAGCAAUCAUCUGCCAGAGGGAGAAUCCGUUCUACGUCAAUACUGUUCGCAACUUUCGUGAUCGACGUUACGACUAUAAAGGCAAGCAAAAGGUCUGGAAAGGCAAAGUUGACCAAUUGAAGAGUGCUGGUGCGUCCGCAAGUGAGGUUGAAGACGCAAAGAAGAUGGUCAUUACGUUCGACUCGAUGCAGCUUGCCCACAAGGUCAUUCUCAACUCUUUCUACGGCUAUGUUAUGCGAAAAGGUUCAAGAUGGUAUUCUCUAGAAAUGGCUGGUGUCACUUGCCUGACUGGUGCUCGAAUCAUUCAGAUGGCCCGAGAACUGGUAGAGAGGAUAGGUCGGCCGCUUGAGCUGGAUACUGAUGGUAUCUGGUGCAUGUUACCAGCAGCAUUUCCAGAGAACGUCAUCUUCACACUCAAGAACGGCAAGAAAAUGGCUGUAUCUUACCCUUGCAUUAUGCUCAACCAUCUUGUGCAUGCAAAAUUCACCAAUCACCAAUACCAAACACUAGCGGACGAGAAGACUUUCAGGUACGACACUCAUAGUGACAAUUCGAUCUUCUUCGAAGUCGAUGGCCCUUACAAAGCGAUGAUCCUGCCUACUUCGCAGGAAGAAGACAAAAAUCUGAAGAAGCGCUAUGCUGUUUUCAAUCAUGAUGGUAGUCUUGCUGAGCUAAAAGGUUUCGAGGUCAAGAGGCGUGGUGAGCUGAGAUUAAUCAAGAUUUUCCAGACACAACUUUUCAAGGUCUUCUUGGAUGGCACGACUCUCGAAGAAUGCUACCAAGCUGUGGCUCGUAUUGCAGAUCGGUGGCUCGACGUGCUCGAUCAACGUGGCUCAACGAUGGCAGACGAAGAACUCAUUGACCUCAUUUGUGAGAACAAGAGUAUGACCAAGACUCUAGAGGAGUAUGGUGCGCAAAAGUCGACUUCAAUUACAACUGCAAAACGUCUAGCGAUGUUUUUAGGCGAGCAGAUGGUAAAGGACAAAGGACUCAAUUGCAAGUACAUCAUCUCAGCCAAACCGAAGAAUACUCCUGUUACUGACAGAGCUGUUCCGGUUGCUAUUUUUUCAGCAGAGGAGAGUACCAAAAGAUUCUUCUUGAGCAAGUGGUUGGGCGAGAGUUCAAUCAAUGUGGACAUUCGGGAUGUGAUUGACUGGACUUAUUAUCGGGAUCGACUUGGUUCAGUCAUACAGAAACUCAUCACUAUUCCAGCAGCACUACAGAAAGUCGAUGGCGGUAAUCCUGUACCACGUAUCGCACAUCCCGAGUGGCUAGCUAAACGGAUACGAAUGAAAGAGGACAAGUUUCAGCAGAAGAAGCUUAAUGGGUAUUUUGAGAAACAGCCUCUUGGUCAAACAAACCUCAACUUGCUCGACCGCAAGAUGCCUGGUCCGGUCGACAUCGAAGACAUGCUUGAUGAACAAGCGAAGACACAGUCACGUCCGGCGGACAAGAAGCGGAAAAUUCAGGAGAAAGCUCCGCCAGCAGAUCUAUACGCAGCAUUACCGAAGGAGGUGCCGCCAAUCGACGGGUCAUAUACCAAUUGGCUGAGAUAUCAGAAACAAAAAUGGAAGAUUCAGAAACAGGCUCGAGCUCGAAGGAAGCAGCUCUUCGGAGAGAAGCCAAAUGCCGGUACUGAUGCCCUCACAUCUAUGUUCCGCAAUCAAGCUGAGAUGACGUUCAUGGAUACCUGGCAGAUCCUGCAGCUCCGUGAGGGCGAUGCACCUGGCGAAGUGAAGGCUUUCAUCCUGCUUGGGGCAAAGAUCCACAUGCUGAAGAUCAAAGUUCCAAGAGUGAUGUUUCUCAACUUGAAAGCCGAUGACCUUCCAAAUGUGGAUAUUUCUGGAUGUGAAGUCGAAAAAGUCACCCACACCUUGCCCAACGGUCAUCCUUCUGUUCAUCUGUUCCAGAUAACCAUGCCUGAGGAGACCUAUCAAUACGAAAGCGAUAACGUUACUGCUUUAUGUGAACAUCCAAGCGUUGAAGGUGUGUAUGAGAGGCAACUACCAUUACACGUACGAGCUUUACUCAAGAUCGGCAACAUGUGCGGCUUCAACAAGUCACUUCCAGGUAUUCUGGGUAAAGGUCUGGAGCAGGGGUUCGACCUUGAUGUGCUGCAGAGAAAUCCAGACGAGUCCGUCUAUAUCCCUGACAAAUCGGCGAUGAGCUAUCUUUACCUAUAUCAUGUGGCAGCUGGUGACCGCCAAGUCUUUGCCCUGUUCUCUACCAUACGAAAUGAAGCUCAAAUUAUUCUUCAGUCACAAUCUAAGGAUUUCCAAGGAUUGCCGAACGUGUCCAAGAUCUAUGCCGAGAACAACCAACAAAGACGACAACAGGAUAAUUCCUCACAUGGUAUCUUCGAGUAUCGAGACCACAUCAAUUUCAACAUUUCACAGACACUAACAAGGAGGAAAACCAUCCUACAGCUUGCAGACCUUGUCAAGAAGUGGAAGAAGGAGGAGACCAGACCUACUAUGCUCCUAGUACAAUCUUCUCAGCACGCCCAGAUUGCGCACGAUAUCAAAGCUUUUGCGGAUUAUCCCAUGUUGUGCUUGCCUAGUCAAACGGAUGAUUCCGACAUGCCAUCUCUCAAUUGGCAAAGUUUCAUUCUUCGUAAGAUUGUCGGACAUUAUCUAAGUCUCGAGUCAUGGUUGUCCCAUUUGCUCGAACUUGCUCGUUACGGCGAUGUCCCGUUGUGCAACUUACAACAAGACGAUCCACGAUUCCUGAUCGAUCUAGCAUAUGCUCGUCGCCUACAGCGAAGCAACGUCAUUCUGUGGUGGUCGUCGAAUCCACGACCAGAUCAGGCUGGCCAUGAAAAAGACGAUGUAACUAGCAGUCUGACAGAUGUUGUUGAGAUGCCCUCGAUGAACAAUCCGGGUGCAUAUACCUCAGUAUGUGUGGACGUGCAGUUACAGAACCUGACCAUUAACACUAUACUGACGAGCUCGCUCAUCAAUGAUCUGGAGAAUACCGGAGACGCGAUAACCUUCAAUCCAGAUGGUGAACACCUAGAUGCAUCUGAGAUCAAUCCCAAUGUCAAGCAGAGAGGGGCAGCUGGAUUUGCGCAGCCUGCUUUACAAGUGUUGAGAGACAUGGUCAAAUCGUGGUGGACAGAAGCGUGUCGUGGCAAUCGACUGGCAGAUAUUAUGGUUCAGCACUUGGUCAGAUGGGUCGACUCCCCCUAUUCAAACCUCUACGAUCGAAACCUUCAGUACUACGUGCAGAUGAUGUCCAAGAAGGCAUUUCAGCAACUGAUCACGGACUUCCGGAGAGUAGGUUCCCAAGUGAUCUUUGCCUCUCCUACACGUCUUCUGCUGCAAACAUCAAAACAAGACGUCGCCAACGCUUAUGCAUACAGCCAUUACAUACUAAAGGCCAUGCAGGAGAAGCCAUUGUUCCACUUUCUUGGCCUGGAAAUCAGAGACUAUUGGGAUGCACUAGUAUGGUAUGAUCCCUACAAUUAUGGUGGACGUGGUUGCCAGAGCUCCGAGUUCAAUGAAAGCACUAGUGAUGCAACACUGAACAUGAUUAUGCACUGGCAGAUGCAACAAUUCCUCCCUGAGCCACUGCAACCGAUAUUCCGAGACUGGGUGAUAGAAUUUGUCGAUGUCCUGAGUAAGCUCAAACGACCAGAGCUGACUGAUACGCAAGCUGCACGCCCCACACAACUUCCAGCUAACGGCCACACCUUCUUCAGCCUGACGGAGACAGAUCCCAAUAGCACAGAAAUCACAAAUGUGCUAGCAGAUUACGACUUCGCGAAACCGCUGAAGAAACAGAUCACCUCUCUAAUUCGUCGACAACGGGAAGAGCUACUACACCCCGAACUAGCGACCGAUUGGACCUUUCCUGAAUUCGCAGGAGGCUCGUUCUCCACAAAUCGUGAUCCAGUGCUCGAACUCGUCAAGAGCCUAACUCAAGUUUUUAGCCUUUUCAGACCACUUCAGCUAGAGACUCGUCUGCUUCGCAAGGAGCUCCUUUCUCUCUUCGACAUCCGAGAAUUCUCAGAAACAGCAAAGUUCACCAACCCAAGCGACUCACUGCGCUUCGAGAACCUAAUCUGCGAUACCUGCACCAUGGCCCGCUCACUUGAUCUAUGUAGAGAUGAAGACAUUCUUCCUGCUGUUACAUACGAUGAGAAUGGGAUUAAGGAAGUCAUUCAAAAAUCUUUUCUUUGUGCCAACGAGCACUGUGAGGCUGAGUUUCCACGAGUGCACAUUGAAACUGAACUCAUUGCGCGUAUGGAAACAGUCACCAUGCGCUGGACAUGUCAGGAUCUGGAGUGCGCAAAGUGCAAAAUGCUCAUGGGUGACGACAUGGUGUUCAGUGAAAAUUGUCCCAGAUGUGGAGGCGCAUGGAGAGGAGCUGUAGAUGAAGUGGAGAGGAAGAGGAUGAAGAGCGAUCUGAAAGUCAUGGAGAGGGUCGCGGAGUGGUAUGGUAUGAAGAUGCUGGAGAGUGUGUUGAAGGGUGUUGAGGAAUUGGGACUGUGA